CCAGUCACUCUAGUCUAGGUUAAAUCACACUGUGGCUUGGUUGUAGGAUGGUUGGUUUAGUGCUGAGUUUUGUUAUUAACACCAAGUUUAUUCUACUUUUUAAUUUUUUAUUUUAGUAGUUUAUUUAAAAUUCCUUGCCAACUGAUAAUGAAACGGAUUGGCAAUGGACACAUCCUGAUGCUCUACAGUUGGACGAUGAACUUGGCUGUCCUUUCACAUGGACACAUAUAGAAGCCAAACCUCUAUGCAACACUUACAACUGAUUGCAUAAUGGACUAUUUUGGUGACCCCAACAUUUUCGAGGAUUGUUUUCCCUCAGGCCAUGUUUCUUUGGUGGAUGAGCUGGACCUUGGCUCAGGUUUUGACUCUCUGCAGCUCAAUGCAGUGGAUGCUGAGAAAAACCCUGGAAUGGUGGCAGGUUCUAUGCCAUCUGCUAACCAGCAUGGGGUAGACUACCAUCAACAAAUGGGGCAGUUUGAUGGGAUGAAAGUCCAGACGUCCAUGGCACAGUCUUUUCCUACCCAAGGAGGAGACGGCAGUGUUGGAGGCGUUUUCAUUAACGAGCAGUCCCACUUUCAAGACCCAACCAUGAAUCAAGCGCCUCAGACCAAUGGACUGUAUCCCAACAACAGUCCUAUAUGGGGGGAACGGAGAGCAAAUGCCUACCACCAUCAGCGGCUGCAGCAUCAGCAGAUUCAGCAGCAUCAGCAGCAGCAGCGGCAUAAACAACAUCUGCGUCAGCUUCACUUUCAAGAACAAUUUCAGCAUCGUCAAGGCCAGCAACGUCAUCAACAUCAGUUCAAUCAGCAACAUUCACACCUUCAACAGGGUCAGCAAGUUUUGAGCCAGCAUCAGCUGUCAGCUCAGCACCAGUUGCCUCACCAACAAAUUAACCCCCAGACUAUACACCGGCAUACAAAGAGCUAUCCGGAUCAUACCACCUUCUACUACCAAGGAAAUGUCGCAUCCCACCAAGGUCACCACAGCACGAUUAAUUCAGAGGGAAGCCCUUUUCAUCCAGGGGUUGACCCACAGUCUAAGUCUUACCUUGAUGUACCGAUGAUUGCCACGACCUCUCAGCAACAAAGUGGGUUUGAGAUGGCUCAGACGGUACAAGGGUUCCCCGGUGUUCCUGACACCGAGGACAAUAAUCUAGGGUACCACGUACAGUCUUCCCCUGCAGCCUAUACCCUGUCUUCCUGUUCAGCCAAUAUGGCUUCCUCCUACCCUUCCUCUCAGUAUUCCUUUCCUGGUCAACCUCCUCCUGUCGUAACUUCAUCACAGCCACACAGCACCAUCCCACCUGGUUCUGAAAUUGGUACUCGUAAUUCCAGCUGCCUAUUCAUGGCAGAUCCUAUAAUGGAACAACAGCAAAAAGGGAGUCAGAUCCAGGUUCCUGGAAGCCAUCCUCAAGCAUGUCCUUUUCGUAAUCUGCAGCCUUCGAAGCCAGUCCAGCAUGCUUAUGGUGCUUCUGAGAUGUUCUCAGAAGGCCUAGCUUCUUUCUCUACAGCAAAUGGUCCUUUCUCACACGAGAUAGAAAACAACCACAGUGUCAGUGGUAGUGGGUUUCAGGGUCUGGUUGAGGUCUCAUUGCUAGAUCAUCAGCAUGGAGGCAUUGGGGCACUAGGAGAAGGACAUAAUAUUCUGGAAGAAGAGCUGCUGCCUGAGCUUGAAGCUUUUGUUCAGGAGGAGACGUCCAGCUGGAACAACACAAGACACGAUGAAGAACUUCAAGGGAGAGCUGUAAAUGAUUCGGAAGGAGAGGAAGAUGUGGAUUUUAAGGAUUCACUAACUUUGCGUUAUAAGGCACAGCCUCCGAAAAACACUAAUGGUUCAAGCAACCAGGCCCGGCUGCUCAGCCCGCCGAUGAAGAGCAGCUCCUCCUCUUCUUCCUCCUCCUCCUCCUCGUCUUCGUCUUCCUCGUCUUCGUCCUCGCACUCGUCCUCCUCGGAGAAGCGCGUCCCCAAGCGGCCGCAGCAGAUGGAGGCGUCGUCGCUGGAAGACAAACAGCAGAAGGCCAACCGCAUCAUCUCGGAGGCCAUCGCCAGGGCGCGCGAGCGGGGCGAGAAGAACAUCCCGCGUGUCAUGAGCCCCGAGAGUUUCCCCAGCUCCUCCGACUUGCACAAGCACAGAGCGGGAUCCUCUAAAUCCAGAGGGAAGAAGGGCUGCAAAAGCGCCCGCAUCAUCAAGUCUCCCAGAGAAAAGCAGAAGAGUCUGAUCAAGAAAAUAGUGAUAAAGAUCGGGAAGAAGAAGAAACGCAAGACGGAAUCUUCAGACGAACUCUCAGAUGACGAACCGCCGCCUCGACGACCCUCCAAAGACGACGACUCGAAGCGUCGGUCAAACAGACAGAUAAAGAGGAAGCGGUAUGCCGAGGAGCAUGAGGCCCGGCUGUCUGAUGAGGAAAUGAAGGUCAUCGCCAAAGCCAAGAAGAUCAAUGCGAACACUCACAAAGAGCCAGCAGUACAGCUGUUUGUGGAGAAUCCCAGUGAGGAGGAAGGAGCUGUGGUGGAUAAAAUCAUGGCCUCUCGCAUGGUGAAGAAGGAGGUGUCUCCAGGGGUUGUGGUUGAAGUGGAGGAGUUUUUUGUGAAAUACAAAAACUACUCUUAUCUGCAUUGUGAGUGGGCUACAGAGCAGCAGCUGGAGAAGGACAAGAGGAUCCAGCAGAAAAUCAAGCGCUUCAAGAUUAAACAGGCCCAGAGAGCACACUUCUUCGCUGAUAUGGAGGAGGAUCCUUUUAAUCCUGAUUAUGUAGAAGUGGACAGAGUCCUAGAGGUCUCAUACUGUGAGGACAAGGACACUGGAGAGCCGGUGGUGUAUUACCUGGUGAAGUGGUGUUCGUUGCCGUAUGAGGACAGCACGUGGGAGCUAAAGGAAGACGUGGAACAGAGUAAGAUUGUGGAGUUUGAGCAGCUGCAGGCAGCGAGACCAGACUCCAGAAGAAUGGAGCGCCCCCCAGCGAGUCACUGGAAGAAGCUGGAGCAGUCGAGGGAGUACCGGAACGGGAACAGUCUCAGGGAAUACCAGCUGGAGGGCGUCAACUGGCUGCUCUUCAACUGGUACAACAGACGUAACUGUAUCUUGGCUGACGAGAUGGGUUUGGGGAAAACCAUCCAGUCGAUCACGUUCUUAGACGAGAUCCACUCCACUGGGAUCAAAGGGCCGUUCCUGAUCAUCGCACCACUCUCCACUAUUGCUAACUGGGAGCGCGAGUUCCGCACGUGGACCCACCUCAACGUCAUCGUCUAUCACGGCAGUGCACUCAGCCGCCAGAUGCUGCAGCAAUACGAGAUGUACUUCCGAGACGCUCAGGGUCGAGUGGUGAGAGGCGCAUACCGGUUUCAGGCGGUUAUCACCACGUUUGAGAUGAUUUUAGGCGGCUGUCCGGAGCUCAACGCCAUCGAAUGGCGCUGCGUGAUCAUUGACGAAGCUCAUCGCCUGAAAAACAAGAACUGCAAGUUGCUGGAGGGCUUCAAACUUAUGCGCCUGGAGCAUAAAGUGUUGUUGACUGGCACGCCGCUGCAGAACACUGUGGAGGAGCUUUUCAGUCUGCUGCAUUUCUUAGAGCCCACUCGGUUCCCCUCUGAAAGUACCUUCAUGCAGGAGUUUGGAGACCUAAAGACUGAGGAACAGGUCCAGAAGCUGCAGGCCAUACUGAAGCCGAUGAUGCUUCGCCGCUUGAAGGAAGACGUUGAGAAGAAGCUGGCUCCAAAAGAAGAGACCAUUAUCGAGGUGGAGCUCACCAACAUCCAGAAGAAAUACUACCGUGCCAUUUUAGAGAAGAAUUUCUCCUUCCUGGCCAAAGGAGCCGGCCAAGCCAACGUCCCCAAUCUGGUCAACACCAUGAUGGAGCUGAGGAAAUGCUGCAACCACCCCUACCUCAUCAAAGGCGCGGAGGAGAAGAUCCUGGAGGAUUUUCGCGAGGUGUGCAGCCCCUCGGCCCUGGACUUCCACCUGCAGGCCAUGGUGCAGUCCGCUGGCAAACUCGUUCUCAUCGACAAGCUGCUUCCUAAAAUGAAGGCCGGCGGCCACAAAGUGCUCAUCUUCUCUCAGAUGGUGCGCUGCCUCGACAUCCUCGAAGACUACCUCAUCCAGAGACGAUACCUCUAUGAGCGGAUAGACGGGCGUGUGCGCGGAAACCUUCGCCAGGCUGCGAUUGACCGUUUCAGUAAGCCCGACUCAGACCGCUUCGUCUUCCUCUUGUGCACGAGAGCAGGAGGCCUGGGCAUUAACCUCACUGCUGCUGAUACCUGCAUCAUCUUUGACUCAGACUGGAACCCUCAAAAUGACCUGCAGGCCCAGGCUCGCUGCCACAGAAUCGGGCAGAACAAGGCGGUGAAGGUGUACCGGCUCAUUACACGCAACUCGUAUGAGCGGGAGAUGUUUGACAGGGCCAGUCUCAAACUGGGAUUGGACAAAGCUGUGCUGCAGAGUAUGAGUGGGCGGGACAACAGUCUCGGAGGAGGAGGGACGAUCCAGCAGCAGCUUUCUAAGAAAGAGAUUGAGGACCUGUUGAGGCGCGGUGCAUACGGUGCGCUCAUGGACGAGGAAGACGAGGGUGCCAAGUUCUGUGAGGAAGAUAUCGACCAGAUCCUGCAACGCAGAACCAAAACUAUCACCAUUGAGUCAGAGGGACGGGGGUCCACUUUUGCCAAGGCCAGUUUUGUAGCCUCUGGGAACCGCACAGACAUUUCUCUGGACGAUCCCAACUUCUGGGAUAAGUGGGCGAAGAAGGCUGAGAUCGAUCUGGACACUGUCAACGGCAGAAACAGCCUGGUGAUUGACACGCCGAGGGUAAGGAAACAGACGCGGCCGUUCAGUGCCACUAAAGAUGAGCUAGCUGAACUAUCAGAAGGUGAGAGCAGCGGAGACGAUAAGCCUAAAUUGCGGCGGCCGCACGACCGGCUCAACAGUUACGGCCGCACCGAGUGCUUCAGGGUAGAGAAAAACCUCUUAGUGUACGGGUGGGGCCGCUGGAGGGAUAUCCUGCAGCACGGCCGCUUUAAGAAGCAGCUGACCGAGAGAGACGUGGAGUGGAUCUGUAGAGCACUGCUCGCCUACUGCCUCGUGCACUACAGAGGAGACGACAAGAUCAAGAGCUUCAUGUGGGACCUGAUCGCUCCGACCGAGGACGGCAGGACCAAAGAACUCCAGAACCACUUGGGACUCUCCACGCCGGUUCCUCGGGGCAGGAAGGGGAAGAAGAUGAAGACUCAGUCCAGCGGGUUUGACAUUCAGAAAGCCGAGUGGAUCAGGAAGCACAACCCGGAGCACAUGCUGUCUGAUGACGGAUACAAGAAGCAUCUUAAGCAUCACUGUAACAAGGUGUUGUUGAGAGUGAGAAUGCUGUACUAUCUGAAACAGGAGCUCAUUGGUUCUCAGUGUCAGAAAGUGCUGGAUGGAAUUGAAGCAAGUGAGAUACAGAUCUGGGUUCCUGAGCUGGAUCGUUCAGAGCUGCCUGUUAUGUGGUGGGACACACUGGCAGACAAGUGUCUGCUGAUAGGAGUCUACAAGCAUGGUUACGAGAAGUACAACACUAUUCGUGCAGAUUCUGCUCUGUGCUUCCUCGACCGGGUCGGCCGGCCGGACGAGAAGGCCAUCGCUGCUGAACAGAGAGCAAACGACUUUAUGGAUGGGGAUGGUGACGAUCCGGAAUACAAGCCUGCACCCACUUUGCUUAAAGAUGAUAUGGAGGAUGAUGCUUCCUCUCCUGGUGAUCUGGUCAUAACGGAUACAGGAGGAGAAGGUGGCUCCAUGCUGGACGGUGGAGGCAGUUCUCUGGGAGUCGUCACGGGAGCAUACUGGCCGUCUUCAUCCGCCUUAACAGCUCGGCUGCGGCGCCUGAUCACUGCAUCACAGCGCUUCACCAAGAGCAGACAGAUCCUGCAGAUCCACCAGACGCAGCAGACCCCUGACCUUUGCCCCCUGCCCCCCACGCUUACAGAUGCCAUCAACCCCAAAAUGGCUGCCAAGAUCGAGCGUCAACAAAGGUGGACCAGGAGAGAAGAGGCAGAUUUCUACCGCGUGGUGUCUACGUUCGGCGUCGUGUUUGAUCCAGAGCUGGGCCGCUUUGACUGGACCAAAUUCAGAGCCAUGGCUCGCCUGCACAAAAAGACAGACGAGAGUCUCCACAAAUACCUCUGUGCUUUCACUGCCAUGUGCAGGCGGGUCUGCCGCCUACCACCGAGGGAGGGUGAUGUUGUGGAUCCGUCUCUCUCCAUCCAGCCGAUCACAGAAGAGCGUGCCUCACGUACACUGUACCGAGUGGAGCUGCUCCGGCAGAUUCGGGAACAGGUUCUGCGCCACCCUCAGCUCUUUGAGCGCCUGGCGCUUUGCCAGCCUGGCUCAGAUCUGCCUGUGUGGUGGGAGCCGGGCACUCAUGACCGUGACUUGCUAAUUGGUGCAGCCAAGCAUGGAGUGAGCCGGACAGACUACCACAUCCUCCGAGACCCUGAGCUCAGCUUCAUGACAGCCCAGAGGAACUACAGCCAAAACAAGGGCGCACCGGCACAAAGCCAAGCCCAAAAUCAGGCGCUGCUGCUUGGACAGACACGCACCCCAACCCCUUUAGCACAGAGCCAGACUCCUGGGGCUCCGCCUUCACCACUAACUAACUCCACCCCUAGGGAGGUUACACCCAAGGAGGAGCUGCUUUUAGAGGGAGAGGAGGAGGCAGGGACACAGGGCUGGCCUUCCCUCAGGCCCCCCACACCUACAGGAGAGGGGGUGAAAGAAGAGAAAGAAGGAGAAAAUGAGAGACGGAUGGAGGCUGCCCGAACGAAGCCGCUCGCGCCCAACCCAGAGAGCCGAAAGCAGAAAAAACUGAGCAAGAGAAGUCGCAAGGAGGCAAGGAGGAGGUCCGGGUCAGACUCAGAUUCAGACGCAUCUUCCUCAAGCUCCUCAUCCAGCUCCUCAUCAAGAUCCUCGUCUUCAUCGUCCUCCUCAUCACGGUCAGGGUCCAGUUCCUCAUCCUCGUCGUCUUCCUGCUCUUCCGGCUCGUCGUCUUCGUCGUCAUCGUCCUCAUCUUCUGAAGAGAGUGAUGGUGAAGAGGUUCCAAAGAACACCACAGUGGUGCCUGGCGUUAAAGGCUUUGAUGAGGACAGCAUAGCAUCUCAUAGCACUACUCACGACGACAUGCAGGACAGUAACGUGACUAACGGCAUCCCUAACCCCUCCCACCCCUUCCACGGUGGAGGCUACAUGCUCGCUGCUUCCUAUUGGCCGAAGGACCGUGUUAUGAUAAACCGACUGGACAGUAUUUGUCAGGUGGUACUGAAGGGCAAGUGGCCCGGGUCUCGGCGUGCGUACGAGGGAAAUGCUGCAGUGUCCUCGUUUUACACCACUAAGCUAAUGGACAACGCAGCCAACUUGGCAGAUGACCCCGCAGCCUCUCCUCAGGGUUCAAAGGUGAAGAAGCAUGAUGCAGACAGAGAAAAGGAGUUCUCAGUCAAAAUAAAUGACCAGGAAGGCAGUCUGAAACUGACCUUCCAGAAGCAGGGUUUGCCAUUGAAGCGUCCUCUAGACGGCGAGGAGGGACCUCUGGCCCAGCAGCAGUAUCUGGCUAGACUACAGGAGCUGCAGAGUGCCUCUGAUAGCAGCCUGACUGACUACACCAAAACACAGAACAGUUAUCAACACGGCCUGAGUGGACAGAUACGACUGAACGGAAUGGUUGAUGGUCAGCCAGUGAUAAAGAAGAGGAGAGGAAGAAGGAAGAAUGUAGAAGGGAUGGAUCAUCUCUUUAUGAACAAGAACAGACCUACUGCAAUGCCUGAUCAGGUUCCUCCAGGCUGGAGUGGGGUUGCGGCCCAAGCCUCAACCCCUGGCGCCUCACAGGUUGCUGGGCCCGUGGACACAGAGAGCAGAGUCCCUGUCAUAAACCUUAAAGACGGAACACGGCUUGCCGGGGAUGACGCUCCCAGACGGAAGGAUCUAGAUCAGUGGCUGAAGGAACACCCAGGCUUCGUGGCAGACGUCGGAGCCUUCAUCCCGGGGGUGAGUAAGAUACAGUUUCAGGAUGGACGGCCGAAGCAGAAGAGGCAUCGCUGUAGAAAUCCCAACAAGAUUGACGUCAACAGCCUCACAGGAGAGGAAAGAGUCCAAAUCAUCAACAGGAGAAAUGCUCGCAAGAUCGGUGGUGCGUUUGCUCCUCCUCUGAAGGAUUUGUGCCGAUUCCUCCAGGAAAAUCCAGAGUAUGGAAUUCCACCAGAGUGGGCAGACGUUGUCAAACAGUCGGGCUACCUCCCGGAGAGCAUGUUUGACCGGAUCCUCACAGGUCCUAUCGUACCGGAGGAGGUGAGCAGACGAGGCCGUCGGCCCAAAAACGCUCUGGCCAAAGCGGCUAAUACGGCUAACGCUAACGUCAGUGCAGCUCUCGGCGUCAACCCUCUCCUGAGCAACGGGCUCAUCUCCGGUCUGGACCUGAACAGCUUGCAGGCUCUUCAGAGCCUUCAGAGCUUCCAGCUCACUGCAGGGCUCAUGGGCCUCCAGACUGACCCUGCCAACAUGGCUGCCAUGCUUCCCAUGAUGCUCUCCGGCAUGGCCGGCCUGCCCAACCUACUCGGAAUGAGCGGCCUGCUGGGAAAACAGGAAGCCACCUCUGGUGAGGAUUCAGGGAAGAAAAGCGGCGGGGAUACGACGGCUCAGACGUCGGAGAUCCAGUCGGAGAGGACAGAAAGUCCAAGCUCAACAAGUGCUUCAGCCUCAGGCCAAGCGUUAGCCCUCAACCCCUUACUGCUCUCCAGCAUGCUUUACCCAGGGAUGCUUCUCAACCCAGGCCUUAAUUUACCUGUGGCCAAUCAGCCACAAGCUAACAGUCCUCAGCCCGCCCCUCCGGCUCAGCCCGCCCCCUCUGACGCCGCACAAAAAAGCUCAGGCCAAUCGGAGAAGGACGUGGAGGAUGAAGGGGAGGAGCCUGACGAACAGAAGGACAUCAGUGGUCCAGAGGGCUCGGGGAAGGCAGAGUCAUCUUCCUCAGACGCAGAAAGCUCUUCAUCAUCUUCGUCAUCAGAGGACUCUGAUUCGACCGACGAAGACUGAGCCUUUAUAUAUAUUAUAUAAAUAAAUAUAAAUACAUAUAUAUAUUUAUAUUACAUCUCUUAGAAAUGUACACAUGCAAACACGUAUAUAAGAGCACUUACAUAAUGAUUUAGGGAUUUUUUUUUUUCAUGUAAAUAUGAGAACGAAAGUGUUGUGUAAUAAAGAUGGGGAAAAAAUGGAAAAAAAAUGACGAGACUGCACAGAUGCUGAAAUGAGAUUUCAGUGUUUGUUUAGGUACAGCGUUGUUUUGAAAAGACAUUUUGCAUGUCCAGGAACUUUAGUAGAUUUUUUUUUUUUUUUUUUUUUUUUUUGGUGAACUUGUAUUGCACAGUGAUGUACAAUUGCAGAAGACAAGAAAUCAAAAAGAAAAAUAAUUGGCAUUACUGUAUUAAUUAUAUUGGGAUUUAAUUUUAUUAAAAAAAACAAGGACGUUAUUGCUCAUGCCGAGCUGUAUAAUUAAUAUAUUUUGUGUGGAAGAAACAGAACUUGACUAUUUUGGUUUCCUUUGGUAAAUAAUUUUGCAGGAUCAUACGACAUCUGAAUUUCAGACAGUCCAGUACUUAUAACUUCAGCAAUAACACAGGCAGCUAACGAAUGUCACUGAAGCUGUAGAUACCGCCGUCACCGAGCUCCACUCUCCAUUCUUCCUCCAUUCUUCUUGCCACUUUCUGCAUUCUCCUUUUUUAUGUUUCAACCUUUCACCAGUACUUUUUCUGUCUUGUUACUAUUACAUAUAUUGUUUAUUGUUCUCUGUGUAUCCCAGUACUUACUGCAAACCCUUAUUGGUCACUCAGCGUGUUUGGAAAAACUUUCGCUUUCCAUAAAUACAACCAAAUACAUAUUUGCAAGUUAAGUAUGAAACGGACCACAAUAUUAUCAGUAUAGGUGUAAUGCUAAUACAUGGCAGGUGUAGAUGUAAGGAUUGUCUGAGGCUGUGUUCCUGAAGAAAAUGAAGUCUAGUCAUGUGUGUUCUCAUACCAAAUGUCAUUCCGUGAUAAACUGGAAUAACGCUGGUGAAAUCAAGUGUUUCUGGAAAGGCAUUGGGGAAAAACAGAAAAACUAACAUCUGAGUAUGUGCUGCCUCAUGUAGUGCUACAGGGCUCAAACCUACAAUGCCUAGAGUGGAUGUGGGUGUGUGUGUGUGUGUGUGUGUUGGAGCAACAAGUAGGCCCCUUUUUUCUCCAAAUCAGCUGGCUUCCUUGUGGGUGUGGGAGCAACAAAUAGGCCCCUUCUUUCUCCUCCAAAUCAGCUGGCUUCCUCUAGUGUGUGUGUGUGUGUUUGUGUAUACAUACAUACAUACAUACAUUACUCCUCUUGGUAAUUGUGGCAUGUGCUGCUUGUAUGUUGUGUUGUCAUUCAUAACAACAAUGCUCCCUUAUCGUCUUUGAGUCAGAAUUUCCAGAGCUUUUAAAGUAUUGGUAUAUUGUUUGUUGGUAUAAAAAGCAAGUUAAGGUAUUUAAAGCAGUCUUUAAAGCUAAUAAUCACGUUGUUGGUGUGUAUAAACAUCUCGUCGUCUGUGCAUGGAAAAUUUUCAUGGAAAACUCUAAUUUAGAGUUGUGUUCUUUUAAGAAUUUAAAAUAAGGUGUUGUUAAUAUGCUCAAGUGCAGUUCCUCAUGUCCUGAGGUUGAGAAUCAGGUCAGAAAUGUGGCAUUUUGUGUGUGUGUGUGUGUGUGUGUGUGUGUGUGUGUGUAAAAGGAUCAUCUCUGCUUCCUGCUGUUAUUCACUGCUAAACCGAGACAUGAUUUCCAGUCAUGAUCGGUGCAUGAACGUCGGAUUUGUUUCAUUAAUUACUGAAUCAUGCGCUAUUAAAACUGCAGUGUGAAUUUACUCCAGGACUGAGUGAGGAAACUGCUUCAGGUUGUCCAUUCGUAGCAUAAAACUCCUGGAAGGAGUUACCAGUGCCAGUGCCAGUUUUAUUCAUUGCUAAUAAUUACUUAUGUAUGAGGAUAUAUUAACGAGCAGUAUAGUAAACUUGAGGGUUGUACAUUUUCACUUGACUCCUGAAGAAACCUCAGCUUUUAAGCUACAAUGCUUGAACUGAACAGUUUAAUAAACCCAGGCAUCACUGUUUAUUCUUUUCCGUACUUUCGAGUCUCAUCAGUGUAUCCGCAAGUGCUGACUGACUUUUUAACUGCCCUUUUUUAGAAGUGCUCUUACACCGUACCUCUGAAUCUGCCCCUCAGACACGAGGGCAGAAAAUCAUUCACGUUUCCAUACUUCUUAAAAUAGCAACUUCAGGUUUUUUGUUUUUCCCUUUUUUUUUUUUUUUUUUUAAUAUCUUGACAUCCUGAAUUUUUUUAAUAUUAGCUGUAUCAAAUCUGUAUCAUUAUUUGCUCCUGAGCACAUCCUGUACAUCCCAAUUUUACAUAUUCACCCGUCUUUGUCAAGUAAUAAUAAUAAUAAUAAUAAUAAUAAUAAUAAUUUCAAAGCUUUCCUUUAUUUCACCUCUGUGCAGAAGUGUGCGUUCAGCAUCGUCCUAUAACAAAUCCCACUUCAAAAAAAAUUAAAAGUUGUGAAUAUAUCCAAGACCAACAGCAGGCCAUAAUUAUUUCAAAUGUAUUUUUGUGUUUAAAAAUUUAUUUAUCUUUUUUCUUCAUAACUCGAUCCAUCAGAUAUUACCAUUUAAUGUGUAUGGUGUUGAUUUACAUAUCCAGUCCUGCACCACUGACCCUCACCGGCUCACUUCCUUCCCAACAUGCAAGCUGAAUAAAAAGCAUAUACACUACUGUAAAGCUGUUUUAUUUUUUUUUUUCAACUAUGAGAAAUAGAUGUUGAAAUGACGAAUAGAAAAUGGCCUUUCUGUGUUUUUAUUUCUUAGUUGUUUUAUGCUCUUGAUAGGCGAUACUACAAAUCAUUCUUGUUUUGUUGGAUUUUGUUCUUUGGACAGUUGCAAUAUUUGCAAAAGUUGUGCUCUUGUGUUAGACGCAAAAACACUUCAUGUAGUGGAGAUUACAUGUCUUAAGAAGUGAUUUCUAAUUUAUUGAAUUACUUUCUAUGAAGUCUCUAUAGAGAAAAAAUUGAGGUUUAAUUAUUUUUAUUAAACGUAUUCUAACUAUCCAUGAUGUCUGUCAGUUACUCUGUGUUUAAUUUUCUACAAUUAUUUUCAUGUAUGAUCACGGGUGGAUUCGCUUUCCCCCUCCAGUUUCAUGCUGAAAGAUAAAAUCUAAUUAAAAUGUUCAACUUGGGUCAUAGCAGAAAA